UCUAAAUUUGCAAUGAAAAAAAAAAUGGAAGUUAUAGGAGUGCCUUUGAACGCGCAGGCAAAGACCCUCCUCCUCCGUCGUUUCUCUCUGCACACUCACUUCUUCACUUUCCUAUCAACUAAACACCAUUUCUGCACCACCCCUCCUCUUCCCCCUCCUUCAAUCUCCAAAACCCAUCAAAACAAACCUCUCUUUGCCCCUUCCCAUCAUCACCAAACUACCUAUUUUCCUUACCCAUCUCCGCCAUUGAUGAAGGCUCACUUGUAUACGUCUUUCUUUUGCACACUCAUUCACCUCUACUUAUCUGGUGGAAGAUUUUGGAAUGCAACAGACUCUUUCUAUGCUAUGCGAAAUCACGGCCUUGUUCCCGUUUUACCGUUAUGGAAUCGACUUCUAUACCAAUUCAAUGCUUAUGGUUUGGUUUCACAGGUAAGGCUUCUUUACUGUGAUAUGCUCUCUUGUGGGGUUGUGCCUAAUGUUUUUACUUAUAACAUAUUGGUUCAUUCACUCUGCAAAGUGGGAGAGUUGGUACCUGCUUUGGAUUUGCUUAGAGAGGCUGAAAUUGAUACUGUUACUUAUAAUACUGUCAUUUGGGGAUUUUGUAAGAAAGGCUUGGCUUUUCAAGGUCUUGGAUUUCUGUCUGAAAUGGUGAAGAGGGGUAUCCCUAUUGAUUCUUAUACGUGCAAUACAUUAGCGAAGGGGUUUUGCCAAAUUGGAUUUGUAGAUCAUGGGAGGCGGGUUCUCAAGGAUAUAAUUAAGGGAGGGGUUCAAGGGGAUGUUGUUGGUUUGAACACCUUGAUAGAUGGGUACUGCAAAGUUGGAGAGAUAAGUCAUGCUCUCAAGUUGAUGGAGGAUGUAAGAGAGGGUGAAUUUCCCAAUAUUGUUAGUUACAAUUCUCUUAUCGAUGGGUUUUGCAAGAUGGGUGAUUUUAAAAAGGCCAAAUGUCUUAUUGAUCAGAUUCUAAGAUUGCAAAAGGAUGAGGCUAGUGCUGAUUUGGAUGUUGAUGAUGUUCGGAGUGAGGACGUAGUGUAUAUGAAACCAAACCUUGUUACAUACUCGACGAUUAUCGGUGCAUAUUGUAAACAGUAUGAGCUCGAUGAAGCUCUUUCUUUGUAUGAAGAAAUGGUAAUGAAUGGAAUAUUUCCUGAUGUGGUAACAUAUAGCUCCAUUUUGUAUGGCCUUUGUAAGCAUGGGAGAAUAAUAGAGGCAAAAGUGCUUAUGAGGGAGAUGGAGAAGAUGGGUGUGCAUCCAAAUCAUUUCUCUUAUACUAUUCUAAUUGAUUCCUUGUUUAAGUCAAAGUUUGCAGUGGAAGCCUAUAUGUUUCAAAGCCAAAUGGUGGUGCGCGGAAUUAUUUUUGAUGUGGUUGUGUAUUCUGCCAUGAUAGAUGGGCUUUUUAAGGUUGGAAAAGCCAAGGAGGCUGAGGACAUGUAUCAAAUUCUUUUAAAGCUUAAUUUACUACCUAGCCAUGUCACAUAUUCUAUAUUAAUAAAUGGAUAUUGCAAAUUAGGAGAUGUGAGUAGUGCACUGUCCAUCCUUCAUGAAAUGGAGCGGAAGCAUAUUUACCCAAAUGUCAUUACGUAUUCCUCAAUUAUAAAUUGCUAUGCAAAGAAAGGCAUGCUUGAUGAAGCUAUUAAUUUAGUGAGGAAGAUGAAGCAGCAAAAUAUCCUGCCAAAUGUACAUAUUUAUGCAACACUAAUUGAUGGGUAUUUCAAGGCAGGUAAGCAAGAACUUGCUCUUGAUCUUUACAAUGAAAUGAAAUUUGCAGGAUUGGAGGAAAACAACUUUGUACUUGAUGCUUUUGUGAAAAUUAUGAAAGAAACUAGAAUGAUGUGCAAUGUUCAAGAAUUAGUUGAAGAUAUGAUGUCUAGGAGCAUCUCACUUGACCUUGUUAAUUACACAUCUUUAAUGGAUAGUUUUUUUAAAUUGGGAAAUGAGUCUUCUGCUCUUAACUUGGCCCAAGAAAUGACAGAUAAAAAUGUAGGAUUUGAUGUUGUUGCAUAUAAUGUCUUGUUAAAUGGUUUGUCAAGGCUUGGGAAGUAUGAAGUAGAGUCCAUCUACAAUGGAAUGAAAGAGAUGGGUUUCGCUCCGGACAAGGCUACCCACAACAUCAUAAUUAAUGCAUAUUGUAGACAGGAUAAUUCACAACGUGCCUUUAUACUCUGGAAUGAGAUGAUAAACCAAGGUUUUAUUCCAAAUUCAAAUACUUCGAACAGCCUUAUAAAAGGGCUUUGUAAAGCUGGUGAAGUUGAGAAAGCAAUGGAUGUCUUAAAUAAAAUGUUGGUGUAUGGAUCUCCCCCCUCCCCAACUAUUCAUAGAGUGCUCCUUGAUGUGUCUUCAAAGAGUAGCCGGGCUGAUGCAAUUUUGCAAAUGCAUGAGAAACUUGUGCGUUUUGGGCUUAAACUUGACCGGGCUGUUUACAGUAAUUUAAUCACUGUCUUAUGCAGGUUAGGAAUGACUAAAAAGGCUACGGCCGUGUUGAAAGAAAUGAUAGGAGCAGGAAUUUUAGCAGAUAUUUCUACUUUCAAUGCACUUAUACGGGGAUAUUGCAUAAGCAGCCAUUUAUCAAAGGCUUUUGAUACAUACUUGCAGAUGUUAUCUGAAAGAGUUCCUCCUAACAUUGAUACUUGCAACUUUCUUUUAGAGGGCCUUUAUGGUGCUGGUUUGAUGAAAGAGGCAGAAAAUUUAUUAAAUGAAAUGAAGGAGAGAGGUUGUGUUCCUGAGGCUUCUACUUACAAUAUUUUGCUUUCUGGCCAUGGUAAGAUUGGAAAUAGAAGGGAAUAUAUGAAACUCUAUAUUGAAAUGAUAAGCAAAGGUUUUGUCCCCAGAACUGGCACCUAUAAUGUGCUCAUUGGUGAUUUUGCAAAGGCGGGGAAGAUGAGCCAAGCAAGGGAACUUAUGAAUGAAAUGCUAUCUAGGGGAAUAUUGCCCAACUCUUCAACUUAUGACAUACUUAUCUGUGGUUGGUGUAAGCUAUCAAAGCAUCCAGAGUUGGACAGGGCACUGAAAAAUUCCUAUCUAGGUGAAGCCAAAAGAUUGUUGAAGGAAAUGAGUGAGAAGGGAUACACUCCUUGUGAAAGUACGCAAUUAUGUAUAAGCGCUACCUUUGCUAGACGAGGAAAAAAAGCUAAUGCUGUGAAGCUGUUGAAUGAAAUGUACAAUAGAAAAAACACAUGACUGAUGGGAAUAGGUUUAAGUCAAGGAAUGGAAAUUACAGAAUUGAAUUGCUCCUAUUCACUUAAUGAUCAGUUUCAAUUGAAUCAGCGAUCAUUGACUCAAGAACGUGGACAGCAAGUGCAAAAACUUGCCUUUAGUUGGGACAUUUGGUUGUUGGUGGCAACAAGGUGAGAUGACGGAUUACAGAUGCAAGAGGCAAUUUUUUCUUGCGUUCUGAUCGGAUACUCCUAAUGCCACCUUAAUUUCUCCUUAGGCAUCUGAAGACUGAAGAAACAAAGGUAUUUUCUUUAGAGAUAUGUUUGUUUAUUGUUCAUCCAUCCAAUGGAAAGGAUAAUAUCAGUGUUGGUGUUUGACUGUCUGCACAAUAUUCUAUUGAGAAGAGAAGGAAUCAAAAGCAGUUUUACAUAUAACAGUAUAAGAACUUCAUUUCAACUUACCAUUUCAGAUUACUUGAGGAGGGCCUCUAAGCAUUGAUUUUUGGGUGCAUGUUUUGAAGGGAAGAAACAUGCUGUACGUCCUAGAAAUCAAAACUACUUUCUUGGCAGCGACUGUUGGCCAUUCUUUUCGGGUACCAGAGCUUUGUAUAAAUAGAAAUUACAAGUCAUUCAUUGUCCUUUGUUUGAUUGUACAUGUUAAAAGAAAGAAAGAUAUUAAAGAGGAAGAAAAAUAAGUUGGGUAGUCUAAAUGUGAGAAAAUCCAAAAUUCCAGUUAGUAAAUUGAAUAGUUGAGUUGAGCUAACUCAUUUUCUCGUUUGUGCUUCUGCCUCCUCAUCAUCUUCAAGGUGGAGCUUUGUCCAUGUGUGAUAUGCAGCUCUCACUGGCCACUUCUGUUGUGAGUGCUGGUCGGUUAAAAUUGAACUUCUCUGCACUAGUUCUCGAUGUAAUUAUUCUGGUUUUGUUUUUCUAUUCCUAACUUAAAAAACUUCUACAAUUCUUGUAAAGUCACGUACGUAACUACUUAUUUUUCAUAUUUGAUUAUAGGCCCCACUUUUUAUUCCCGUACAAACUUUUGUGGGUAAAAAACUGCAAUUCUUGGAAACUAUAGAAUUUAUGAA